AUGACCAGUACUUCCUCGCCUUAUGAAGUCGUAUCUGCGGCACCUUCUCCCAUAACAUCUGCAGGAACCGGUAUUGCCAAUUUGCCCAAUCAACGCCAUAAAAUUGUGGCCAAGAACGGCGCAAACUUCACUGUCAUGGUCUGUGGUGAGUCUGGCGUUGGCAAGACAACUUUUGUCAAUACGCUUUUUACAUCCACAAUCAAGGAACCCAAGAAUGUCACCCGAAGACGGUUUAGCAAGACUCCUCCCAAGACUGUCCAAAUCCAAAUCACAAAAGCAGAAAUUGAAGAGAAAAUGUUCAAGGUCAAAUUGACUAUUAUCGACACACCGGGAUUUGGAGACUAUGUGAACAAUCGCCACGGCUGGAUCCCGAUUGUCGACUUUUUGGACGACCAACACGAGAAGUACAUGCGACAAGAACAACAGCCGUGCCGUAAAGGGGCCAUUGAUAUGCGCGUACAUGUCUGUCUCUACUUUAUCAAACCAACCGGGCACACAUUAUUGCCCUUGGACGUUGAAUGUAUGAAGAAACUGGGAUCGCGUGUGAAUUUGAUUCCGGUUAUUGCAAAGGCAGAUACCUUGACACCUUCUGAUCUUGCAAAAUUUAAACAAAAUAUUCGAGAUGUGAUUUAUGCACAGAAUAUUAAAGUAUACUCUUGUCCUAUUGAGAGUGAUGAUGAAUCCACUACACAACGCAAUGCCAAUAUUAUGGCCGCACUUCCAUUUGCUGUCAUUGGAUCCACUCAGGAUAUCCUUACACCUGACGGCCGCAAGGUCAAGGGCCGUGAAUACUCUUGGGGUGUAGCUGAGGUGGAGAAUGACGAGCAUUGUGAUUUUAGAAAGCUUCGUAGUCUCUUGAUCCGUACCCACAUGCUGGACCUGAUCACCACAACAGAGGAAACCCACUAUGAAAACUACCGUCAGUCUCAGAUGGAGACCAGAAAUUUUGGUGACUCUCGCUCUCAACCUAAUGAGAAUGCCAAAUUCAAGGAAGAAGAAGACGCUCUUCGUAAGCGAUUUACUGAACAAGUAAAGGGAGAAGAAUCACGAUUCCGUGCAUGGGAGCAGCAGCUAUUAAGUGAGAGAGAUCGCCUACACAAGGAACUCGAGGCACAAAGUGAGCGUGUCAAGGAAAUGCAGGCAGAUAUCGAUGCAUUUUAUUACCAGCGUGAUUCUCCCAAGGUUAUCCGGAAGUAA